GACAGAGAGAGAGAGAGAGAGCGGGGCUGUGGUCAGUCUGAUCGUUGCUCCUCGCCAUAGGUGAUGUCUGGGAAUAAAAGCAUGAAACUGGACACAGAGAUGCGCUCUCAUAGCUCCGCCCCUGAAUAACAUCACCAUCAUCAUCAUCAUCAGAGUCGGAGAGGAAUAACUGGAGGGCACGAGAGAGGACGCACGCGGACUGUCAACCUGCUGCACGCGUCGCGUUCAUCCGUCACCUCUGAAUACGCAGCCGAGAGCAAGAGCAAGUCAGCAAUCGCAGAUGCUCGCGCAUUCACAUGCACAGACCCUGCCUUCUCUCUCUCUCUGAUUAUUUUUCUCAGGCUAAUAUGAGGAAGCCUCUGGUGUGCUGAAGGACGUCUGGAUUUACUGUACAAGUAGCGUUCUCAGCAUGCGAUAAGCCCGACUGUAGCGUAACGAGAGAGCGUUGAAGAAGAGAGAACAGCCAUGGCCUCUGACAUCCAGCGCCAUCUGAUUGUCUGCGUCCGCCAGCGCUCCUGGAAGAAACUCAGGCCUGCGCGGGUGUUUGGCCUUCUCGUUAGUCUCAUAGCAAUAAGUGCAGUGGCCUUCUCGUGGCGCUCUACUGCUCAGUGGGAGGGGCUACAAAGCCACGCCCCACACAGGACACUGCUCUCCACACACCUGGGUUACCACAGUAACCUCUCGGAGGACACACCCAUAGCCAUGCGCUCAUCCGCGGAGUCAAACGAGAGUCAGGGGGACUAUCCGACUGACCUGUUCAGUUUGGAGGACCGUCGGCGCGGUGCUGUUGUGUUGCACAUGUUUGGCAUGAUCUACAUGUUCAUCGCUCUCGCCAUCGUCUGCGACGAGUUUUUUGUCCCCGCGCUCACGGUCAUCACAGAGAAACUCGAGAUCUCAGAUGACGUGGCAGGAGCCACCUUCAUGGCGGCCGGGGGCUCGGCUCCUGAGCUCUUCACCUCCGUCAUCGGCGUAUUCAUUUCCCACAGUAACGUGGGCAUCGGAACCAUCGUCGGCUCUGCUGUGUUCAACAUCUUGUUCGUCAUCGGAAUGUGUGCCGUCUUCUCCAAAGAGAUCCUGAACCUGACGUGGUGGCCUCUGUUUAGGGACGUCUUCUUCUACAUCGUCGGCCUCGUCAUGCUCAUCGUUUUCUUCUUGGAUAACUACAUCACGCACUGGGAGAGUAUCAGUCUGCUGCUGACCUACGCCACAUAUGUGCUCUUCAUGAAGUUCAAUGGGAAUGUAGAGACUUUUGUCAAGGGCAUCAUGAACAGAAACCAGGUGGUGGAAGUGGAGGCCCAACCAAAGUUGAGCCCUACUGCAGUGGAGGAUGACAGCAAGCUGUCGGUCAAACCCCGACUGCAGAGAGGAGGAAGCUCCGCCUCUUUACACAACAGCCUAAUGAGGAACAGCAUCUUUCAUCUGAUGAUCCACACACUCGACCCUCUCAGUGAAGAAUUCGUUGACUCUGAGCUGGGGACUUAUGGCAAGCUAAAAUAUUAUCACUCAAUGACCGAGGAAGGAAAAUUCCGCGAGAAGGCGUCCAUCCUUCACAAAAUUGCCAAAAAGAAAUGCCAGGUGGAGGACUCAAAUGGAGUUGCUGAUAAAAAUCUGCCAAACAGCUCGAGUGUGGAGGUGGACAUGACUCCACCGAUGAACGGCACCGCUGGACAAGAAGGAGAUACAGGUGAAGAGGAUGAUGAGGAAGAUCAGCCUCUGAGCCUGUCGUGGCCCGAGUCCAAACGCAAGCGCCUCACGUAUCUCUUGAUCCUGCCCAUAGUCUUCCCUCUGUGGAUGACACUGCCGGACGUCCGGAAGGCCAGUUCCAAGAAGUUUUUUCCCAUUACGUUCCUGGGAGCGAUUUGCUGGAUCGCGGGAUUCUCCUACCUGAUGGUGUGGUGGGCUCAUCAGGUUGGAGAGACUAUAGGAAUCACAGAGGAGAUCAUGGGACUGACGAUUCUAGCGGCGGGAACCUCCAUCCCUGAUCUGAUCACCAGUGUCAUUGUGGCCCGGAGGGGUCUGGGAGACAUGGCAGUGUCCAGCUCCGUGGGCUCCAACAUAUUCGACAUUACUGUGGGGUUACCGCUCCCAUGGCUGCUGUACUCCAUUAUAAACAGUAUGAGCCCGGUUCAGGUGAGUAGCAACGGUCUGUUCUGCGCCAUCGUGCUGCUCUUCAUCAUGCUCCUCUUCGUCAUCAUCUCCAUCGCCGCCUGUAAGUGGAAGAUGAGCAAACUGCUGGGCUUCAUCAUGUUCCUGCUCUAUAUGGUCUUCCUGGUGGUCAGCGUCCUGUUGGAGGACAAGGUCAUCGUCUGCCCCAUCUCUGUCUGACGUCUCAUUUACGCACACAUGAAGCUAAACCACGUUCCUGCUGACUUUAACUUACCUCCGUAGUAAUUUCUUUUCUUAUGACAGAGUUCCCAGCCUCCUUCGCACUUUAUCUAAAACCCUGUGUGUUUAUGGGGUUUUACACACUUAAAACAUGCUUUAAUAUUAAUAUUUGUCUUGCUUUCCAGUAAAAUAUCUAAAGAUCCUUAAAGAACAUCACUGAACUGUACUUAAGAAGCAAAACUCGUUUUCAGAGAAAAUAGUUUUACUUGUUUUUUUUUUUUUCGUCUAAUUUUAAGCUCAAACUUCAUUAGGCAUACACUUAGACUUUUCUUAAAACAAAAAAUAUUUGGCCGUAACUAAUUAUAUAUGAAGAUAUAUUCUAAAAAAAAAAAUAUUUCUUACUUAGCAUCUUUGUUUUGUUUUCCAGUGCAAAUAUCUGAGCAUUCUUAAAUUUACUGAGAGUGGACAUUUCUUAAGAGAAUUAUGUGAGAUAUUAAGUCUUGUUUUCUUGAAU